AUGGUAUCAGAGCUCAUGGCUUUAGCAUCCAUGGCCUUUUAUUCAGUUCCGUCUUUAAACAUUUCCAACUGUGUUACGGUUACGCUUACGCAAAAGAACUACAUCCUGUGGAAAAGUCAGUUCGAGUCAUUCUUGGCGGGUCAAGGCUUGCUGGGAUUUGUUACUGGUUCUAUCUCUGCUCCAAGCACCACGGCGGUUGCAACAAGUCUUGAUGGCACCAGAACAGAGGCAACAAAUCCAGAGUACUCGACUUGGCACCGUACAGAUCAGCUAAUCAUUUUAACAGAGUAUCCUCAUCUAGGCUGUUUGAGCUUCAAAGGCGUUUACAUGACUCUAGAUAAGAAGGAUAGAACUAUGGAAUCUUACCUUAGGGAUCUUAAGGGAAUCUGUGACCAGCUAGCUUCAGUUGAUAGUCCUGUGACUGAGAAAAUGAAAAUCUUUGCUGCAAUGAAUGGUCUAGGAAGAGAAUAUGAGCCAAUCAAAACCACUAUUGAAACUCUUGUUGAUAGCUCUCCAAAUCUUACCUUAGAUGAUGUAAUCCCAAAGUUAACUGGUUAUGAUGAUCGACUUGUGGGAUAUCUGUCUGAGACUGCUGUGUUGGUUACGCCUCAUGUUGCCUUUCAUGUCUCUCAACCAACAAGCGAGUACUAUCACCAGAACAACUCCAGGGGGAGAGGCAAUGGCAACCGAUACGGUCGGGGAAGAGGCUCCUUCUCGACAAGAGGACGCGGCUUUCAUCAACAGAUCUUCUCUGAUGGUUCUCAGACGACUCGUAGCUCAGUGGUGUGUCAGAUAUGUGGUAAAACAGGACAUCAUGCACUCAAAUGUUGGCACAGAUUCGACAAUGGAUAUCAGUAUGAGGAUGUUCCACGCGCUCUAGCUGCAAUGAGGAUCACAAAGGUAACAGAUCAACAAGGUGCAGAUUGGCUUCCGGACUCAGGCUCCUCUGCCCAUGUUACCAACACAGUUCAAAACCUGCAAUAG